AUGGCUUUGAAAUUCGCUCCCUUUGGUUCCGAGAUAGAGCUGCCCUUUUACACAGCUUUAUCACAGUCUAAGAUAGAUCAUGAUAAGCUCGACGAUUCCGCCCGCACUGUUCUUGGCUUGUACGAACCCCGCUCAACUGCACCAGAGGACAGCUGUCGGAUGAGGGUGCUCGGGAAUGCCCUCAACAGUGACGAUGUCCCUCCCAAUCAUAUACGUGCCGAGGGCAAGAUCAGGAACUUGAACACUAUCGAGGACUUUAAAAGCAUCAACAAGCCAGCAGUCUUAGAAACGGCUGCGAGACAGAUAUGGGAUGCUAUCAAUGAUGGAACUAUAUACUCCAUCCCCUCGCUUUUAUCCUCCUUUUCCAUUCUCUCAUUUGCAAACCUAAAGAAAUAUACCUUCACCUACUGGUUUGCUUUCCCAGCAAUUCAUUCUGAGCCACUUUGGAAGCUAGUCAAGGAGCAACCACCGCAGUUAGAGGGAAAAGAAACUACCGAGCUUGUCGAUGAGGUCGGCACCUGGAAAUAUGGGACCGACAACAGGGAGCACGGCUUCUUCUUAGCAAAGCGAAUACGUAGGACUUCUUUUUCCGAGCAUCCAACAACUCCCGGGACACCAAAAAGCUUGCUGGGCUAUAAAUGGGUUGUUGGGUCACUCCGACAAUUUGAGAGCGGUUUUUUUGACCGAACGGAACCUGCGGAUCGAUUUGUAUGCUUUGUCGAUCCAUCUACGUACCCCGACAAUCCAGGGUGGAUGUUGAGGAAUCUCUUGGUCUUAGUCAGGCGACGAUUUAAGCUCAACAAGGUCCAGAUUCUGAGUUAUCGAGAUGUCCACUCCAGAAGACACGAAGCUAGAAGCCGUAUUUUUCUCCUAGAAACCCAACCAGAGGAAAAUCCGAGCAAUGACUUACCCAAAAUCACGGGGUGGGAACGGAACAGCAUUGGAAAACUAAGUGCAAGAGUUACGAGUCUCACGCAGUACAUGGAUCCCACUCAGCUGGCUGAUCAAGCCGUGGACUUGAACUUGAAGCUUAUGAAGUGGCGAAUAGCUCCGGAUUUGAAUCUGGAUAAAAUCAAAGAAACCAAAUGUCUUCUUCUUGGAGCUGGAACACUUGGAUCUUACGUUUCCCGAUCUCUCAUGGCCUGGGGAGUGCGCAAAAUUACGUUCGUCGACAAUGGAAAUGUAUCCUUUUCAAAUCCGGUCCGACAGCCGUUAUUUGAUCAUAAGGACUGCCUUGAAGGGGGGGCAAAGAAGGCAUAUAGAGCCGCCGAGGCUCUUCAGGAGAUUUAUCCCAAUGUCGAUAGUACGGGGCAUGUCAUGUCAGUUCCCAUGCUUGGACAUCCAAUCCAGGACGAAUCAAACAUUAGAUUGGAUUUUGAGACGCUCCAGGCGCUUAUUGACGCCCAUGAUGUCAUUUUCCUGCUCAUGGAUACACGAGAAAGUCGCUGGCUUCCAACAGUGAUGGGGAAAUCAGCAGGCAAAAUCGUUAUGAAUGCUGCUCUCGGAUUUGACACCUAUGUGGUCAUGAGACAUGGCGUCACUGCACAAGAUGGUGGAGAAGCAGCCUUGGGGUGUUAUUUCUGCAACGAUGUUGUAGCUCCAGCAGAUUCUGUCAAGGAUCAAACUCUCGACCAGCAGUGUACGGUCACGCGACCCGGCGUCGCAGCUAUGGCAUCAAAUCUUCUAGUCGAGGUCCUAGUAUCACUUCUUCAACACCCUCUUGGGGCACAAGCACCCGCACCAGUAGCAUCCGUGAACAAAGAAACGCAUUCCAUAAACUACGAGAGGGACCCCCCUGAGCACCCUCUCGGCAUCGUACCACAUCAGAUCCGCGGUUUCUUAUCAACCUUUCAAAACAAGAUCAUAAGUGGAAAGUCGUAUGAUUGCUGUUCGGCAUGUUCUCCCAAGAUCGUCAAUGAGUACAAGCGCAAUGGAUGGGAGUUUGUCAAACGCGCAUUAACAGAGCCAGCUUAUGUGACCGAGCUCAGUGGACUGGCAGAGGUGCACCAGGCUGCCGAAGCUGCCGCCGCAAAUAUGGAUUGGGAUAGCGAGCCGGACAUUGGAGAAGAUGAGGGAGAAGGAGAGCUUCUCUAA